CUUCUGUCUCCGGUGAAUGGUGAAUAUUUGCAAUGGGUCCCGAGAUGUCAUCCGUGAAAGUGCUGGCCUCGCUGGCCGUGAUCGGUUUAUUGGUUUUGUCUCCUGCGGAGGGUAUCAGCCGACCAUUGCCUCCAUACGUGGGUCUGCCCACCCAGGAUGGCCUCACGCGUCUGUUUCUCAAUUCACGGGUCACGCAGACAGAUCCCUUUGCCUCGGUGGCAUGUUUCGGUGGCUACAUCGGUGAAUCUAACUUGAUCGCGGAGCUUUACAGUGCCAACUACACCAAAUGCUACAAUGCGGCGGCGGACUCCAGGAAGGGUAUCGAUGCCGACUUCCUGGCCACUCGCAGGACUAUCCGACUUUCUUCCGAAAGAGUUUGCAGCGAGCUCAGGGCUUGCAACAAUAUUAACACAACCCUCGCAUCCUUCCAAUGUCAUGCCAAUGUGGGCUCCAACAACACUGUGUCCACCUACAGCAUCUCGGGUAACGCCUCCGAGUCGGCCAGCGUGCUGGAGGAACGCUACCGAGUGGUGGAUCUGCGCCACAGCCAGUGCUGCCAGAGAGCGGAGCGGCACUACGUGGAGUCCACUGCCAGGAACUACAACUACCUGCAGGCCUGUCUGGAUGGCCGCGCUAAACCGAAGCCCAUGCCCAAGCCCACAUCUACGACCUCCACAACGACCACCACCACCACUACCACGACCACCGAGGCACCCACCGAACCACCAACCACCACCGAGGCCCCUUUAAACGUCGAGGAUCAGUUCAAGCAGCUUUUGAAUUUGUUAAACUAAUGCCCACCAAAGUGUACAACUUUCUGAAGGAGAAGCUUCGCAAUUAAAGACAGGGCAGUCGCCAAGCAAACAAUCCUUGGGCAACCAUUUGCCCAACUCGAAAUUCAA